AAUUUCAUUUGUGUAAGAAUCUCAUAAACUUAACCCUAGUAGUAAUGGUUCUACCUCUAAGUUUGACCUCGAAACCCUUACCGAAUCGGUUAUCCUCCCCUCUUGAUAUCGCGCCUGCGAAGUGGAAUUUGAAGAGUGGUACAGAAAAUCAUCAGUGACCUAAUAAGUGCUCAUUGAUUAGUGUUGAUAUAAGCAAGGAAGAAGGACCCAGUUGCAAACAUCGAAUUCAAGGGGGGUCAUAAAUUCAUAAUUGCAAUAUCAUCCCAUAAAAAUAAAAUAUUCCGUCGGUCAGCCAGCAAGCAAACAAACAACCACUCAGACAGAGAGAGUAGCAUAUGCUGUAGCAGAAGAACGAACAGAAGCACUGAGUAAAGUCUAAAGCAGUAAACGUAUUUAAUUUUCACAACCUCCAACCCCAACUUCCCCCUCGAUUCUUUACUUCUUCCCCCAUCCCCUACUCUGUUCUCUGCACUCCUCCACUUCCACUCUCCACAGCUCCUUAAAAGAAAGAAAAGGAAAAGGUAAAGGACUUCCCUCUCAGUUCUCACCAAACUUGCAGAUGGGUUAUCAUCCCCCUCCUCUCCACAAACCCUAGUCCAUCACCAACCUCUGAGUAAUCCCCUUCCAGAUUCAGCCAUGGCCCUGUCUCCAGCUCUCACCCGCUUAAAAUUUCUACCUUUACUCUUCUUCCACUUCAAUCUGCUUCUUGCAGACCCAACUUCUUCCUUUUCCUUCACAAAUUUCGAUCAAAAUCCAAACUUUAGCUCAACCAUAGCCCUCUAUGGCGACGCCGAGCUCGUUAGCUCUAAUGGGUCUUCUCCUACUCCUUCUUCCCCUGCCAUUCAGCUGACUCACUCAGUCAGUUCCAGCGGUGGGCGAGUCAUGUACAAGAAACCCAUCAAGCUCGUCGCCAACAGCAGCGAUUCCUCCGCGUCUUCUUUCUCGACUUACUUCUCGUUUCUCAUGUCCCCAGAUAACACGGGAGACGGGUUGGCUUUCGUUAUGGUCCCUGCCGAGUUCAACGCCACUCUGUUCCUAAGCAACACACCCUUCGGGCUUUCUCUCAGAUCAGGCCCGAAAUCCUCCAGAAGAAUCGUCGCCGUUGAGUACGGCUCCUCGAAAGACCUCAACCACGGGGAUUUGGACGACGACCAUGUCGGAAUCGAUGUGGGCGGAUUCGUCUCGGUUAAAGUCAGAAACGUUUCGUCGGCCAACGCACUGUUGAGCAGCGGGAAGCGAUUGCACUCCUGGGUGGAUUAUGAGGCAGGGUCAAAGAGAUUGGAAGUCAGGUUGAGUCAAUCUGGUGGAGAGAAACCGGUUGACCCACUUCUCUCCUACCCAAUUGAUUUGACCAGGAUGUGGAAUGAGCAGGAAGUCAUUGUAGGGCUGAGCUCUUCCAAUGGCAAUUCAUCCCAUACUUGUUUUCUCUACUCCUGGAGCUUUCAGCUCAGGCAUUUCCCUCACUGGAUGCAUUCUCAGCCCUUGGAUCCAAAGGGUUUGGUUUCAGAUCUGAAACCUGCAGAUGGUGAGAACAGAAGAGGCUGUGUGGUGCGGGUAAUUGCUGCUUUGGCAUUGGGAGUUGGGUGUGGAGCUUUGGGAGCAUUCAUGGCGCUGCAAGUUUGUGGCUUGUUUGGAAAGAUGAGGGGUGGUGUGGUGAGAGAGGAAGGUUAUAAUUCCUCUUCUUCUGCUGUUGUGCAUCCAGUUGAGUUUGAGUAUGAGAAAGUGAGAGUGAUGGUUGUGGAUGAUAAAGCUAUCCAAGAUGGUAGCAAGCAGUAGUGUUUGCAGGUUAUUUCAGGUGGAGGAUGGAUGCUGUGAGAUUUUGAUUUUGUGGUUGUGUAAAUUCAAUGGGGUUUCUCUAAUUUUGUAGCUUUGAUGUGUUUGGACUUUGGACUUUGGAGGUUCUACCUUUGCAGCCUUGCAGGGUUUGUAUUCACUGUGCUGAUUAACUCAUCAUGAUGACUCAAUUGUUCAAAUAUGUAGCCUUUUUCCGUAGAGCAUUCAUUACUUUGCAAUUUUCACUUUAGCCUAGAGUCGUCACGUAUUUCAAACCUCUGUGUUGUUCAUGGAACCCAAUGAUGUUCAUUCUCCUCGAUUGUUUUGAAGGUCAUCAUUCAUGUUAUUACUCCCAUCAGUUUCACACUGUUACACCUUAUGAGAUAUUAUCAAUCAUGCAAUUCUCAUCUGCAUCCCCUGAGCUGGUAAAUACUAAAUAACCAGAGAAUGU